UUGGCUGCAAAGGUCGACACCGCGCCGCGGGCCGUAAGGAAAGAGGUGGCUCCGCGCACGCCGGCAAAGGACGCCCCCCCCCCCUCCUCGGCGGCGCCCCCUCCGCCCCUGCCUGCCACUCUUUGCGGAAAGGGGCGCUUGCUCCUUUAAGGGGCCGGUCUUCGCCCGGGAGAGUUUCCUUCCACCCCCCACUCCAGCCCAAUCCACCGGACUGGCUGCUCUGCCUCCACGUUCACUCCGGAGCGAGGAGCAACCCAGGCGCUUCUCCCUGCUCGUUUCCUCCCGAAGGCACCGGCUCGCUUGUCUGGCAGCUGUUCCGGGGUCCUUCUUUCCAGAACCACCUUCAAGUGAUGCUCCAUUUCUUGGUAGCUGUGAUCCUGCUGCAAAUAGACAGCAGCCGCUGCGGCCUCCCAUUCUACAAUGGCUUUUACUACGAUCACGACAAAGGGAAUGGAAAUGGGGAAAUUCAUUUCAACGGCAUAAGGCUGGUGGUAGAAACUCCGGGCGACCCCGUCUUUACCUAUCGCGGAGCCAAUGUAACGCUGUCCUGCCACUACCACUAUGACCCUCAACUGGACGUGCCCCGCAGGACCCGCAUCAAGUGGUCCAAGCUGCGGGAGGACAGCACCAGUGACCAGGAAGUGCUGGUGGCUGCUGGCUUGAAGCACCGCAGCUUUGGCGACUUCCGUGGGCGCACGCACCUGCAGCAGGACAGCCCUGGAGAGGUGUCCCUGGUGAUCCGAGACCUGCGUUUGCAUGAUCAUGGGAAGUACCGCUGUGAGGUCAUCGAUGGGCUAGAAGACGAGAGUGGGAUUGUAGAUCUUGAGUUGCAAGGGGUUGUCUUCCCUUACCAGCCGCUGCAUGGCCGCUACAUGCUCAAUUUCCACGAGGCUGAGAAGACCUGCAGGGAACAGGAUGCCGUAAUCGCCUCCUUUGAGCAGCUCUUCAAGUCAUGGGAAGAGGGUUUGGAUUGGUGUAAUGCGGGUUGGCUGGCGGACGGCACGGUCCAGUACCCCAUCACUCAGCCCCGGAAGGCCUGCGGUGGACCGGCUCUGUCCGCUGGGAUCCGGAGCUAUGGAGAGCGCCACAAAAACCUGCAUCGCUUUGACGUGUUCUGUUUCUCCUCCAGUCUGAAAGGGAACGUUUACUACCUGGCUCAUCCUCAGAAGUUCACCCUGGAAGAUGCCAAGCAAGCGUGCCAGGACGACAAGGCAGAGAUCGCAAAGGUGGGCCAGCUCUAUUCGGCCUGGCAGUUCCUCAAGCUGGACCGUUGCGAUGCUGGCUGGCUGGCAGACGGGAGUGUCCGGUAUCCCAUCGUGUCUCCCCGGGCCAAGUGUGGCCCGCCAGAACCAGGGGUCAGAAGCUUUGGCUUUCCCAAACACGGCAAAUAUGGAGUCUACUGUUACAAGAUGAACUAAACUGAAGGUGGAACUGGGGGGGCGGGGGGGAGCUCCUUCAAAGAAUGGACUUGGGCUGCCCGGCGCCCCCUAGAGUUACUUAUUUAAAGGGCCAGUCUUGAGAGGGGGGACAUUUUUAAUGGUGUGUUUAUUUUUUAAAAAACAUUGUGGCUUGUUUGUUUUUGUAUUUUUGUAAUGAAAGGGUAUUGUAGCUGCCUUGGAGCCGAUGCCCGUCUCUGUUGACCGUGGGAUUCUGCAGUAGGGAAAAACCUGAGAUAAAGUUUUUGGUUGGGUCAUUGAGAAUUCCUAAAUGUAGGUAUGGCUGGAUAGAACCUGCCAUAGACAACAUGUUGUCCACUUACAAUUGACUCGUGACAACCCCAACAGCAGAAGAAAAGUUGGGUUUUGUGCCCUCCUUUUCUCUCCUAAGGUGUCUUGGAGAGAAUUAACUUGGGCCUUCUCUACUUAGCUUCCAAGCCCUCACAAGCCCAGGCAAAGCCAGCUAUUCAGGCUGCUGAUAAUAGAUGAGCCUUAGUAAAAGAUUCCUGGUUCUGAUGCCAGAUUUUCCCUUCAGCUCCAGCGCAAGAUCUUUUCAACCCAUGAUCUCUUGAUCCCGGCAGAUCCAGCUAUGUGGGUGUACAGGUGCGUUGAGAGUCAUGACAGGGCAGGGGAGCUCUGUGGCAGCAAAUGAUUUGCAGUAGCAGCUGAUUUUAAAUCAUCCGGAAUAAGCCUUAUUUGCCCCUUGGCUGCUUCUUAGGACUCUCAGGGUGAAGACAGAUGUAACAUGUGAAGGCCCAUGAAAGGGGUUGCAUCACAAUGCUGCUGCCCUCGAGACCCCACAAUUCUAGCCCUCGGCAUGAACGGCAGAAAAGCCCUUUCUCCUGGCUGUGGGACGCUUGCAUGCCGAAGGGCUAACACCUGUAACGUCACCAACUCACCUCUUCUUCCAGUCCCCAGGGCAGUUUGCAAGUUGUUUCCUUUUUGUCUGUGUGGAAGGCGAAGGAUGAAUGAAUGCAUGUAUCCCUCACUCUAAAUAUGCAUCUCCUGUUUGGUUGCACAGUUCACACAUCCUGCUUAAUGCAACAAGGGGCAUGGGAGAUUUCAGGGAGUGUCGCCCCCCCCCCCCCCCAUCAAUUUGGCAUUCUUGUGCUGCUGGGAAAACUUGUGGGUGGGGAAACCUGCCAUGACUGUUGACACAAUAGUGUGCCUUGAGUAGAUUCCCUGUUUGACAGCUUGUCAACAGAUAAUUUAGUCUGUAGGAAAAUUACAAUAUUAGUAGGGGUUUUUUUUUUCUGAGAGAGAUGGAAACAGAUGGUGGUAUCAGAGGCCAUGAUUGUGUGUCUGGGUUUUCAGUCUUCCGGUUCUGUGGUGCUCUUUGCCUUUCCCAGCAUGGAACAAAAUUAAAAGGGUUAAAAGGAUCUGCCAGGCUACCUCGUGAGCAAGGUCUUGCUCUUCUCUCCCGCUUCAGAUGACAGGUCAGCGAUUGCGUGUGCGAACACUGGCCGGAGUUAAAAAAGAAAUGUGCUUUCCUUUAAGAAGUGAAGACAAGGUGCUCAUGGGCACAGUUCUGUUCUGUGUACGCUGUCUUUGUUGUACACAGAAUUGACACCUGCGAGUUUGGAAGCAGCCCUGUUAAGCUGCCAGCCCACCGUUCAAGAAAACUCUUCAGUCUUCAGACUUGAAUGAUGUUCAUGAGCGGAAUUUGACACCUGGAUAUUGGUUUUGCUGCCAAAAAAAUAGGCGGGGCGGGGGGGGGGGUGUCCUUGGAUGUCUUCAAAAUAAAACUUCCAAAUCCCA